AUGUCUUCAAAACCCAUUAUCUGUUUUGAUUGCUCCAAAAAUGAACGUUUUCAAAUUUCCGACAAUUAUAAAAUGUUACACCGUAAAUUGAAAUCUUCAUGGAAUAUAGAACAAAAUGAUUUGGAAUUGAAUUUGGACAAAUUGUCCAAAGUGAAAAUAUUUGUUUUGGCUGGUCCCCAGGAUCACUUUACCGAAGAUGAAUUUCAGGUGUUAAAGAACUUUGUAGAUAAUGGUGGCUCUUUGUGGGUAGUGUUGGGUGAGGGUGGCGAAAAUGAGUUUAACACUAAUGUCAAUUUCUUUUUGGAACAAUACGGCAUUUACAUAAAUAGUGACACUGUUAUACGACCACAUUACUACAAAAACCUACACCCCAAAGAAUGUUGCAUUGGCGGCGGCGUGGUGUGUGAGUCCAUGUGGCGUUACUUGUUAAAACAACCUGUAGACAUGGUGGACUAUGAUUUUAGCGAUGAAAAAUAUAAGCUGCAUUUUCAAUAUCCCUAUGGAGCCACUUUAAAUGUUUCCGAUCCAGCCAAUGUUUUAAUGACUACCGGACCCGUUGUUUAUCCCUUCAAUCGUCCACUAAUGGGUUAUUAUUGUAACGAGAAACAGGGUAAAAUAUUGGCCUUAGGUUCGGGCUAUAUGUUUCAUGAUAAAUAUUUGACCAGUGACAAGACCAAUGAUGCCAUACUGGAGUAUAUUGUGAAAUUGUUGGGAGGCAAUGAAUUGAAAUUUAAUCAUUUGGAUUUUAAUGAUGUGGAGCUCAAUGAUAAUAAAACCUUUACGGAUAUUGGUUUUAUAGCCGAUUUACCGAAGGCCUGUUUAAUUGAUUCGAUUGGUUCGGAAAUUCCCGCUGAUUUUAAGCAAAUGUUUGAUAUGUCUUUAUGUGGUUUAAGCAAUCGUUUGCUGAAGGAUGUCAUUAAUGCCUAUCAACAGUUGAAUGUGAAAUAUGAAACUUUAAAGAUUAUCAAGCCUCAAUUUGAAAUUCCUUUGCCUCCACUGCAAUUGGCGACCUUUCCCCCGGUUUUCAGUGAACCCGCUGCCCCACCUUUGGAACUUUAUGAUCUGGAUGAAGUUUUCAGUCCACCCCGAUCUCAGUUGGCCAAUAUGACGGGCCAAUGUUUGCAAUCACUACAAUCUAAAGAUCCCCAUAAGCCGCCAAAUCUUAAGGAAUUGGAGAAUUAUAUAAAGGAAUGUGCUCGCAUAACAGCCAUCAUUAAUGAUCAACAUGAUAUGCCGGCCCGGGAAAUUUUAAAUAUUGUAGCUCAACAAAUUAUAAGUUAUCGUCCGUAUGAAUAA